ACGCUAUCAUUUACACAUUGAGUUUCGCUGCUCAAAUUUGUCUUCCAUUAAAAUUUGUGAUCGCGCAAGCACUUUAGUACCUCCAGAAAACAAAACUGGUUAAUAUAUAAUAUAAUAUUUAAAAUUAUAUUAUACUAAUUUAACUCCGGUCAUUAUUAUUUCGGUUUAUAAAUUUAAAUUUAACGUAUUUCCCAAAAUUGCAAUGAGCGAAGAAUUCAAUGAACUUGUCCAAGAUGUCGCGCGCAAAGAAGACAUCAAAAACGCCAAAUUGGAACUGCAGUCAUCGAGCAACAAAGGCGACGGUUACCUUGGAAUGGUCAAAUUUGGACAAAUUGUUGGUAGCAACAAGACCUUGGACGUAGUAUUGAAAUGUUCGCAUCGCAAUCCAAAAGCUUUCGGGGACUUCAUACAUAAGAUUUAUGUCAAUGAAAUCCACUUCUACGAGGGAAUCGAACCCAGUUUCCAUAAGUUCCAAGAUGAACAUCAAGUUUCCCAACCCUACAACAACACUGCCAAAUUCUACGGUGCCAUUGAUGAAGAGCACAAAGAAACUUUAGUGCUGGAAAAUCUCAAAAGCAAGAAUUACGACAUGUGGGAUCGAAAACAACUGAUGAAUGAAGCCCACCUAAAAUGUGCAUUAAAAACUUUCGCAAAGUUUCACGGAACGUCCUAUGCAAUGCAAAAAUUGAGACCUGAUUUAUACAAAGAAAUUACCGAGAAAAUGGACCACGAUGUGUUUUACGAAGUUCUAGAUAAAAUGAAAUAUUUAGAACAAAUGAAAACUAUGAUUGAUAAUCUAACUACAGCUCUUUUCGACCCUGUAAAAGAUAAGACUUACGUAGAUAUAAUGGAUACAUUUGCAGCUAAUAUAAAUAAAGAUAUCAACGCUGCUUUUGAUUAUCACGCCAACGAUGUAAUCCUCCAAGGGGAUUGUUGGUGUUCCAAUGCUUUGUAUCAAUACGAAGAUAUGUCAAAACGAGCAGAACCAAAAAAUAUGAAAAUGUUGGACUUCCAGUUGACAAAAUUGGGUUCGCCAGUGAUGGAUUUAUCAUACUUCUUCUACGCGGCUGCAUCAAAAGAGUGUUUUGACAGAUUAGAUUACUUUUUGAAGUUUUAUCAUGAUUCUUUGUCAGACCAUCUGGCAGAAUUUAAUCUGAAAGCUGCGGACGUAUUAACAUUUGAUCAGUUGAUGGAACACUGGAAGAAAGUAUCCAAGUUUGGAUUGAUAAUGACAUUCGCUGUGAGGAAGGUGAUGCUCGUAGAAAGCCAAGAUGCACCUGAUUUUACUGAAGCCCCUGAAGAUUUCGUUGAUAACAUAAAGAUGUCCCCUGAACUGGAAAAUUUGUAUUAUCAGCAAAUAAAGGAGCUUCUUUUCCAUUUUAUUAACCGCAAACUAAUCUAAUAAUUACAAUGAUUUAGCAAAAUUUCAAGUUUUGACCAUGUAGUACAAUAAAUUUAAGUUAUCUUAUCUAUGUGCAAUAUUUAGUCUGUUGUUCGUUAAUUUUUUGUAUUAUUUAUAAAGAUAUCAUCAUUCCGUUAUAUUUAUGUUUAAUGAUAAUUAAAAUAUCCAAUAUCAAA